UCAGUCAGCCAAUCUGUGAGUGAGUGAGUGCAGCUACACUCACCCACAUCGUGCGAGGUGCCAGUUGCCACUGCAUUGACGAGGCAGAUUGCAUCCGCAUGGUCUCCUCCUCCUGCUCCUCCGAUCCAGAUCAAAACGAGCGGCGUGAGUGUCACGUCCCACCAACCGACCCAUACGUAGAAGAAAGAUCGAUACUUAGAUAGAUACAUAGAUAGAUAUACAGUCCGUGCUUCAGUCAGUGAGAAGCAGACCUUGCCAGCUCCGGCUCUUUCCUUGGCCCGUACGCCCCUUGACUACACGUCUUGCCCUUGUUCAACCAGCCGGAUUAGUGUCCCAGCUAGCCCCUCCAUCCCCCCAUCCCAGCCAUGGCCCGCCUGAAAUAAGUGGACACGCUCCCCAUGAGGAUUAAGACGCGUGGCGUGGGAGCUAGAAGCGGCUGGUGAAGGCCCCGCCCCGCCACGCCUCGUGUCAGUCAGUCCGUGUCAUGAAUCGUCAGGGCGCCCGUGACGGCUUUCCACUCCGGACCGUGGGCCAGGUCCGGCAAUGGGUGGAGGCCCAGUUAGCCACGCCCGAGCCCGAUUUGGCCUUGUUGUCCAUCGUGGUGGGACAACUGGAACAUCAGUGGACGGCCGGCAAAGUGGGAUCCGGGCCAGCCGCUGAAUCAACCGUGGGGUUGGGUGGUGCGGGGGCGGCUAGUGGCCUGACCAUUGAACCGCCCUUGACUUGGCCUUUGAUCGAGGCCAGUGUGGCCAAGUUUGAGUCCAUCAUUCGGAGUUAUUGCGAUUCACUGGUCUUGAGUGCGGCUUUGAGUGCGCCGGAAAAUGUGUCGGCUAUUCGGGCCUUGAUCAAACACGUGGCCGAUAUCAUUUGGAACACUCUCAGCAAAAGUCAUUAUAAGGAUCGGCCUCAUCUUCAGUCUAUCUACAGUUAUCUCACGGGCAACAAAUUGGAUUGCUUCGGUGUGGCCUUUGCCGUGGUGGCUAGCUGUCAAUUACUCGAGGUACCUCAUGUCCACUUGGCGUUGUCCGAGGAUCACGCCUGGGUGGUGUUUGGCGCCGAAGGCACGGAAACGGCCGAGGUCACUUGGCACGGCAAGGGCAACGAAGACAAACGCGGUCAACCCGUGGACAUUCACAAAGCCAAGACGUCUUGGCUGUAUUUGGCUGGUCAGCCCGUGGUAUGCGAUCGGCACAUGGAAGUGGCUGCGUUGGUGUCCAGUAUCAAUCCGGCUGUGAGUGCUAAUGUCGAUUCGGUCGAAUGCGGUGUGUUGCAACAAGAGCUUCUAUGGCUGUUGUACGAUCACGGACACUUGAGUAAAUACCCCAUGGCGCUAGGUAACCUGGCUGAUUUGGAAGAGAUCGAAUCGUCCUUGGGUCGACCGAGUUGCCAACAGAUCUUUGAUCAAGCCAUCCGGGUGAAUCGGGACGUGUACGCCAAUCACCACGUCUAUCCCUACACAUACCAAGCGGGUUACCACUACCGGUUGAAACAAUACAAAGCAGCGUUGAAGUCAUGGGCUAACGCCGCCGAAGUCAUAAAAAGAUACUGUUACUCCAAAGACGAUGAAGAGAUAUACAAAGAAUUCCUCGAGAUCGCCAAUGAGCUCAUUCCGCACACGGUUAAAGCCGCCAGUCUCAACCCGCAAGCAUACUCAGAGGUCUUGCAGGAUCCUGAGUGUUUUGCCUCGAUCCUGCAAUUCUACGACGGGAUCUGCUGUUGGGAGGAGGGCAGUCCCACCCCGGUCCUGCAUAUUGGGUGGGCCAAGCCCAUGGUGAGCACCUGCUCCAAAUUUGAGGCGGAAGUCCGAGCCCGCGUUGAGAUCCCCAAAGAAGCAUCGGAGGACAAAGAAGAUGAAGAGGAAGAAGAGGAGGCUGAAGGUAAAUUGAAUAUCCAACGAGCUCAUGAGCACAGAGCUUCGGCUCCGGGGGGGUUCUUGUUAAACAACAAUUACUUCAAGUGCGGCCGCAAUCCAUCUUCUUCCCCCCGUUCUUCCUCUUCAACCUCGUCCUCCACCACGAGUAGUUGUUGCCUUGAUACUGGUGUGAAGAUCGAAUGUGAUAUGGUUACAAGCAAUGAUUGUCAUCCCUCUUCUCCAACAUGUGAUACCUCUACAAAUGCCACUUCUCCAAAUUCAACCUCUGUAAAAGCCAAAACCGAUCGUCUCAUCCACAUUUUAAGCCAGGCCUGUAAAGAGAACAUUUUGAACGUCAAUUACCUUCUGGGAGAGACGCGAUCCAAGCCUUUCUUGGUGUCUCGUCGCCAAAGGAAACUAUCCUCGACCAAAUCCAAUCUGGAUCUCUUCGAGGCCGUCUCCAAAUCCACACGCAAAAGACUAUCGCGAAACCGUCGAAGGCAUAGGAAAGGCAACCUCGUCGCCCACAACCCUCUCCCAACCACGUUUACUCUCCUUCCAGAUCCGACCACGGCAUCCACAACAUCCGCGAAGAAGGCAGAGAAAAAUCCCCCUCCACUCAAGAAGGUUUACUUGGAGUUACACAGUGCCAAAAUGAGAGGCCUCAAGGAUCUGCUAUGCGCUGAAAAGCUGAACACAAGUGCCAUCCAACUCCAGCUAACGGCUCAAUCCCAAACGGAUGUGAAGCGACCCCCUUGGACGACAAAUAUCGACGAUGCGGCCUUCGGUGGGAGACCGAAACGAACACGCCGAGAAUAGGUGUUGAAGUGACAAAUGGCAAUCGCCUGAGAGGGAAGGGAAGAGGAAGAAAAUGAGUACCUGUUUAUGUAUGUAACGUCCAAUAUUAAUCAAGUUUGUAAUUUCCUCCGUCUUCAUUUGGUUUUUGAGUGGAAUCGCUCGGGUUUCCUCAAUUUUUUUUUUGUCUUUCAUGCAUUUUUAUUUGCCAACGGGAAAUUACACAUCAGGGCACGACUUCGUGGAUCCAUAAUUGGCGCCUGAUCACUACAAAUUCUCAAUUCAACUAUCCUGGUCAUUGAAGAUAAUAAAUAAGUUUGCCACCACUUA